UACCAUUACAAUAAUUCCAUCUAAAUCAACCACCACUUGUAUAAUGUGUCAAGUAGACAAACUUAAUAUUACAUGGCAAACAGACAUUGGUUGGCUCAUAACAACCUCAAAUGACACAUCUUCAAUGACACUUUAGCACAGUUAUAAAUUUUGGCACUCUGCUUGAGAAAUUUGUGUGGCAAAGAUUGACAUUGAGAAGAGAGUGUGCUGAGAGAUAAGGAACUUUGUUUUAGAAAGGGAAAUAAAGGGUCAAGAAAAAAUGGCCUCAGCAUCUCUACUAAAGUCAUCCCCAGUUCUUGACAAAUCUGAGUUUGUAAAGGGGCAAAGCCUUCGUCAGUCUUCCGUCUCAGUGGUUCGUUGCCACCCCACCAAUGCUACUUCUUUCACUAUCCGCGCUGCUUCCUCCUAUGCUGAUGAGCUCAUUAAAACCGCUAAAACCAUUGCAUCACCAGGACGUGGAAUUUUGGCUAUGGAUGAGUCAAAUGCCACUUGUGGAAAGCGUUUGGCUUCCAUUGGUUUGGAAAACACUGAGGCUAACCGCCAAGCUUACCGUACCUUGCUGGUGUCAGCUCCAGGUCUUGGACAGUACAUCUCUGGUGCUAUUCUUUUUGAGGAGACUCUCUACCAGUCUACCGUUGAUGGACGCAAAAUAGUUGAUGUUCUUAUUGAGCAAAACAUUGUUCCCGGUAUCAAAGUUGACAAGGGUUUGGUUCCCCUUGCUGGUUCAAAUGAUGAAUCAUGGUGUCAAGGUCUUGAUGGCCUUGCCUCCCGCUCUGCUGCAUACUACCAACAGGGAGCACGUUUCGCCAAAUGGCGUACCGUGGUGAGCAUUCCCAACGGACCAUCUGCAUUGGCUGUGAAGGAAGCAGCAUGGGGCUUGGCUCGCUACGCUGCCAUUUCUCAGGACAAUGGUUUGGUCCCAAUUGUGGAGCCAGAGAUCUUGUUGGACGGUGAACACGGCAUUGACAGGACUUUUGAGGUAGCACAGAAGGUCUGGGCUGAAGUCUUCUUCUACUUGUCUGAGAACAAUGUCAUGUUUGAGGGUAUCCUCUUGAAACCAAGCAUGGUUACUCCUGGUGCUGAAUGCAAAGACAGGGCCACCCCUCAGCAGGUCGCGGACUAUACCCUCCGUCUCCUCAAGAGGAGGAUUCCCCCAGCUGUGCCUGGAAUCAUGUUCUUGUCUGGUGGGCAAUCAGAAGUUGAGGCUACAUUGAACUUGAAUGCCAUGAACCAAGCUCCAAACCCAUGGCACGUGUCGUUCUCGUACGCAAGGGCUCUUCAGAACACUUGCUUGAAGACAUGGGGAGGACAACCUGAGAAUGUGAAGGCUGCUCAGGAUACUUUACUUGUCAGGGCCAAAGCUAACUCUCUUGCUCAGCUUGGAAAGUACACAGGCGAGGGUGAAUCAGAUGAAGCUAAACAAGGAAUGUUUGUAAAGGGCUAUGUCUACUAAGUUAUAGGCACUGAAGUCUUGAAGAAGAGAUAAAAAUAUGAUGAGCUGAAUGGGUAUAGUGAAGCAGAGAAAUGAUGAAUUAUCUCAUACUAUGAGUUAUGCAAUUAGUAAAGCCAUAGAGGAGUAUUUUUGUUUAUUUGAUUACCUGUACUUUUUUUAACAACUUUAAUAAACUUUCUUGGUGAUUGAGACUA